AUGGGCUUGAACACCCAACCAAGAAACGGUUGUGAAAACUGAAAGGUAAAAGAAAAUAACGUCGUCAAAUUGGUCUCCACCACCACCAAUAUUCCUUUAAUUCUCUUACUGCGGUUGUUACGAAACGAACCAAAACAACGCCACCGCUCUGAAUCGCUUCCUUCCUUCUUUCACCUUCAAUUCAAUUCUCUUUCUCGUUUGCAUCACACUUCCCAAAGAGCCACCAUCGGACUGUGAUUGGCGGACGAUUCCGACCGCCACGACCACCGCGAAGACAGGAGUUUCUUUUCUUCAAAUAUGGAUGAGAGCAUGAAACAGUUCCAAAAAAAAUUAACAGAACUGGAAGUCGAAGCUGAGCACCAUCUUUUAGCCCGACAACAGCUGGUUGAGAAUGAUAGAUUGAGAAAUGGGAAUAGAGAAGCACUUACUGCAUUAAGGAAAAGGGCUCGGACAACAACAAGCAGUGUUCCAUCUCCUUUCGAGUCAAUGAUGAGGGGAGUUGCUGGGAGCUCAAGACCUUUGGUUCAGGAGGUAUGCAACACCUGUGGCAACCAUAACACUUCUGAGUCGACAUGGAUGAUGUUUCCAGGAACAAAUCUGUUUGCCAGAAUACCGUUUCAUGCAGCUCAUACUAUAUUGGAAACAGAUCAAGCGAAGCUUGACUUUGAGCCAAAGAAACUACAGAGCAUUAUGAAGGAAAAAGCUUACCUUCUAUCAGAGUCAGGUGUUCUUGCAGACAAGAUAAGCCCUGGAUUGCUCAAAUCGCUUGUAACCUUAAAUGACAAGAGAAAGUAAGAUGCCUUGACCUGCUAUAUAGUGAGAAAAAGCUUGUCGUUGCAUUGUCAACUGGGUGGAAAAUGUCAGUGUUUUCUGGGAGAAUCUUUCUUGAAGCAUUUAGGUUAGGUCAGUUAUCUAGUCUGUUACUGCAAGUGUGUACAUUUUUUUCCCCAAGUUUAUAUACUAUUAGUACUACACUCAAUCCUAGAAAUGGAACUAUUGUUGCUUGUCUGCCUUAACUUAUUUUGAUGAAACAAUAACUUAUUUUA